ACUGCGCCUGGUUGACAUUGUUGUUAUUGUAAGUAAGUAAGAAAACACUUUAGGUCGUUUUGGGUGUGAAGUGUGUGACUUCCAGCGCCCGCGGUCCGUUUCGUGGUGGGAGUCGGUGGUCAAAAGCCUUGUGGACGUUACAGUGAGCGGUCCGAGGAGUAGCCGCCAGCGGGAUGGGGGAAUGAGAACGGCGAGGCCGUUCGAGGUGUGGCUGUGACGACUGACCCCAAGAGGAGGCAAUCUCUUCGUCCCCUUCCCCACCCCCUUUUUCCUUCUCAGGUUUGUCAGGGAAAUUUGAGUCCCUGUGUUUUUCUCUGUCCUGCUGCCCCCACCACUUCGUGAAUUCAUGAUCACAUGACCGUGGAUAUGGACGCAGUCCUGUCCGACUUUGUCCGCUCCACUGGGGCCGAACCAGGUCUGGCCAGAGACCUGCUAGAGGGGAAGAACUGGGAUCUCACUGCUGCUUUGAGUGACUUUGAACAGCUACGGCAGGUGCAUGCUGGGAACUUGUCAUACACUUUUGGAGAUGAGAGGGAAUUUCGUACCCCGGAGAAAGAGAUGGCCAGGGUGGGACGUCCCCUCCUGCACCGACAAGAUGAUGUGGUACAAGAAAAGCGUCUCUCGCGAGGCAUCUCCCAUGCUAGCUCCACCAUUGUAUCCCUGGCCCGCUCCCAUGUCUCCAGCACAGGGUCAGGCAGCACAGAGCCUCUCCUGGACACCCCGCUCUGCACCUUCCAGCUGCCUGACCUCACCGUGUACCGUGACGACUUCCGCAGCUUCAUUGAAAGGGACCUCAUCGAGCAGUCCAUGAUGGUGGCCCUGGAACAUGCAGGCCGACUGAACUGGUGGACCCGGGUGGGAGCCAGCUGCCAGAGUCUGUUGCCCCUAGCAACGAGUGGGGAUGGAAACUGCCUGUUGCAUGCAGCCUCACUGGGCAUGUGGGGUUUCCAUGACCGAGACCUGAUGUUGCGGAAGUCCCUUUAUGCCCUUAUGGACCAUGGUCAGGAGCGAGAAGCUCUGAUGCGUAGGUGGAGGUGGCAGCAGACCCAGCAGAACAAAGAGUCUGGCCUUGUCUACACUGAGGAUGAGUGGCAGAAGGAAUGGAACGAGCUGCUGAAGCUGGCUUCCAGUGAACCCAGGAUACACUACAGCACCAACAGUAGCAACGGCAGCUCUGGGCUGGAGACCUCAGAGGAGCCUGUGUAUGAGAGCCUGGAGGAGUUCCAUGUGUUUGUGCUGGCCCAUGUCCUGAGGAGGCCCAUUGUGGUGGUAGCUGACACCAUGCUGAGGGAUUCUGGAGGGGAAGCAUUUGCACCCAUCCCAUUUGGGGGGAUCUACCUCCCCCUGGAAGUGCCAGCUGUCAAGUGCCACCGCUCACCCCUGGUGCUGGCCUACGACCAGGCCCACUUUUCAGCCCUGGUGUCUAUGGAGCAGCAGGACAGUUCUAAAGAACAAGCUGUGAUCCCCUUGACUGACUCGGAGCACAAGCUGCUUCCUGUCCAUUUCGCCGUGGAUCCAGGUCGAGACUGGGAGUGGGGGAAAGACGACACAGACAAUGUGAAGCUAGCCAGUGUCACCCUAUCCCUAGAGGCAAAGCUACAUCUGCUGCAUAGCUACAUGACCGUCACCUGGUUGCCGCUGCCAUGUGACGCACAGGCUCCACUAGCGCAGCCAGAGUCUCCCACCGCGUCACCCGGAGACGAUGCCCGCACCCCCCCGGACUCAGGCGAGUCUGACAAGGAGUCUGUCUGCAGCAGCUCCAAUGGGGUGGGUGCUGGGGGAGGAGGAGGUGGGACUAGUGGCAACGGGGGAGGGUCUUCCAAGACUGGCGGUGGCUCUUCCAGUUCCUCAAGUUCCUCUUCUAGUUCAUCAAGCUCCAGCUCUGGGAAGGAGGGUGGGAGCAUGGGUGGAAAGGAGAAGUCCAGCAAGGACAAGGACAAAGAGAAGGAGAGGGAAAAGGAGAAGGACAAGGACAAGAAGCGGGCUGAUUCUGUGGCCAACAAGCUGGGCAGCUUUGGCAAGAACCUGGGAAGCAAGCUGAAGAAGAACAUGGGUGGACUGAUGACAGGCAAGACCACUGGUGGGGGAAAGCAAAGUGGGGAGGGUCAGGAGAAGAAGAAGAAGGGCUCCCUGAAAGGACGCAAGGGCAGCAAGGACGGCUCGCCCUCUGGCCCAGCAGGGAGCGGAGACUCCGGGAAGGGUUCCCCAUCCUCGGGCAGCGAGCGGCAGAAUGGGGGAGGUGUCGGUGAGUCCUAUAAGUAUGGUACAGAUGUGAAGCUAAGUCUUGGCAUCCUGCGUGCUGCCAUGCAAGGUGAGAGGAAGUUCAUCUUUGCCAGCCUCCUCACCACCAGCAACCGACAGCCCUUCCAGGAGGAGAUGAUCCAGCGGUAUCUGGCUGACGCUGAGGAACGCUUCCGGGCUGAACAAGAGCAGCGACGGGAGGCAGAGCGCAAGGGCAGUAUGGGGCUGCCAACGUCCAACGGGACACCCGUCAAGAAAGAGGGGCCAGAGCUCGGUUACCGAGCUUAUGAGGCUAAGGAGGAGCCCGGUGAUGCAUCACCACCGCCAUCUUUCACCCACCUCACACCUUCGGCCUUUGCCCCCUCCCCCUACACCAUUCCCCGGCCCACUCUCAUUGACCCUGGUCCUGCUCCGCUGCCGACACAUCUGCCGCCUCCCUCCUACCUGGAAUCACGACGGCAGCUAGCUGGGGGCUCCCCUUCCACCUACCCUGGGCUGCCCUCUUAUGCCACCCUCCCUCGCCACUGCCCUCUGUCACAGGGUCCUCCAAACCCUCCACUCCACGCCCUGCCCUCCCUGGGCAGCCCCUCCCGUGGCGGCCGCUGCUUUUCCCCUUACCCGUCCGACCGGGAUCUCCCAGACUUCCUGGGGGAGUCUCCGGGCGAGAUAGGAGUCUACUGCAACGGGUUCCGGGAGACCCGCUCGGGCUCGGACAGCCGCUGUGUGCCGCAUCCCGUGCGCCACUAUUCCCUGGGCAGUGCCGGGGGCCUGGCAGCGCUGCAGCCCACCAAGUGCAAAACGCCAGGCUGCAGCUACUACGGGCACCCAGAGACAGGCCACUACUGCUCCUACUGCUACCGGGAGGAGCUGAAGAGGAGGGAGGAGAGCGCCAUCCACAGGUUCUGAGUGGAUGGGCCCGCUCUCUCUCGGGGUGGUUCCCCUUGCCUGAACUCCUCCCUCUGUACCCCCCAUCCAGUUAAAAACAUAAAGGAAGAAAGAUCAUUGCAAUGUUUUUAUUGGAAUGCAAUAACAAUGUAAUAAUUAAAGGGUCUUUUGUCCAGGAGGAGGUGGGGCUGGUGAAAACAGAGAGGCCUGCACCCCUGUUGCACAAUUCCUGGGCAGCUUUUUUUUUUUUUUUU